AGAAAGUGAGAAGAUAUAUUUGUAGCCUUGCUCUCAAGUCUCAAGUACCUAUAUUGAAACAGCAGGAGCGAUGCAAGAAGCCGAGUCAUCACAAAGGUCGUCGAAGUCCCUUACGGAUCGGGUGAAGACGAACUGUUUAUCCAUGGUAGUCACGUGCCAAGAAGGGUUUAGCUAUGUCAAGGCCUUUUUUGUUGGUCAGACGAAGAAGUUGACGGCGAAGAACGAGAAGGAGGCUACGGACGCUUAUCUAACGGAGACAAAGAUGCAAGUUGACGCAACCGAUGAAGCAGAGAAUGCCAAGAAGAGACUUCAUCAAUCUUCUUAAUUUUUAUUUUUAACGUAUAAUAAGAGAAUACUUUAUUAAGUGGCCACAAAAAUAUAUGUCUUUUGUUUUUUUUUCGCAACUAUUUUUAGUAUUUUUACCACUGAUUAUGAAUGUUAUUUUCAAUAUUGACUUUUAA